UUUUGCUGUCGACGGAGCACCACCUGCACAUCACCGUUCAUUGUGAGCACCUGUGCACCUGCCAAUCUGGUCUGUAUCUAUCAUUGUUGGAGAUUUUUCUCUUACUUUAAGAGGUUUGGUGGCACCACACCUUUUUUGGGAGUGUGAGUGUGCAAGAUGACUCUGGACACCUUCGUUUUUUCUAAGGAAGAAGGUCAGAACAUUAUUGUAACAGAGACAUUUUUAACGAAUUCAGUAACACAACCUGACGAUGUACGUCACACUAUCUUCGAGUUAAAGAAAUUGAGAGAGAAAGACUUGAAACUGCAGAUGCACAUAGUAUCAUUAUCUGACUAUUGGAGAGAGGGAAUUAUCCCGAGAGGUCUUCGGAUCAACAAGUUCCCCUCUUUUAUGACUAAUGAC